GGACAGUUUUUGCUGUAGAAGCUGGGAUGAAGCAGCAGAAGCUUGUAGCAGGUCAUGUGUUUGUUGUCAGAGGUCAACAGUAAACUGUCUUCCUGUYCUCCGGUGCUCAGGUCAGUGAUGCCACCAAACUCAGACCAAAGGCGGAGUUCUGCUUCGUUAUAAACGCAGGAAUGAGGAAGAUUUAUCUGCAGGCCAACGACCAGCAGGAUUUGGUGGAAUGGAUCAGCGUUCUGAACAAUGCUACCAAGAUUACACGACUUGAUGAUGAGAGACAACCUGUUUGAGAUGGUCACCUCUUCCAGGACCUUCUACAUCCAGGCUGACAGUCCAGAGGACAUGCACAGCUGGAUCAAGGCGGUCUCUGGUGCGAUCGUGGCUCAACGUGGCCUCGGCCGUUCGUCCAACACGAUCCGUCAGGCCCGCCGGCUGUCCACCCCGUGUAUACAGAGGAGCGCAGUGACUCCUCCUCCCCCUCCUCCACCUUCUACUGCCCCGUCGAUGAGGACCCGCAGCCUCCAGAACCCUCAGCGGGCGCUCAGCCUGGCGCUGGACCCUCGCCGCCACCAGGACGACUUCCUGGGCCUCCUGCCGUGGAGGCUGAGCGGCGUCCAGGCCGUCAUGAUGCCCCUCCCACCGCCGCGCUCCCGCCUGUCGCUGCAGGAGGCGGUGCAGUCGUCAAAGUGACGGAGGGGCGGAACCCUGGCCUGCUGGUUACCCUCGUCUGAGAUUCUGGAUCGUCCAGAACCUCCGGGUUUUCUCAGACAGGAAGUCGUCCUGAAACCGAGCUGAGCAGAACUCUGGUUCUUACAGUCCAUCCUGCUUCACCUCAGAACUUUUUAAAUCCUGCCUUUGUCUCGUCCUGACAGCACCGAGGUCCAGAUCCACAGCAGAACUCCUAAUCCAGACGGUUCCUACAGAUUCUCACCUCGUCAUAAUCCAAACGGGAUUAGAUCUGACAAAAGUUGCCAAAAAA